ACCUAAAUCCCCAUUUGCAGACACAACCGAUUCCUCUGAAUCUCUUUCGCCCUUUCCCUAUCUCUCUAUCUUGUUCUGUUGAGGUAAACAGCACAGCUUUUUCCGACCUCCCGACAUUGGCGAUGCGGUGAUUCUCGCCCACCCCCCUUUCAGCCAUGUGACCAUGUCAAAGAAGAAGAUUGACUAUGUGGGCUCAUGGAUAUUUGAUGACAAUGUCAAUAGUACAUCCGAUGAGUUUUUUGACAAUGUCCUCAAACAAGUUGAUUUCCCAUUGGAAGAUGUAGAAGGUAAUAUUCUGUCGGAUGACUGGGAUGCUAGCUUCCGACUCCUGGAACUGCCAUCUUCAGAUGUUUUGGAAGGAUGUCCAUCUAGUUAUUGUGGGAAAAUAUGUGAAGACAUUUCUGCACCAGACAGAAGCCUUUCAAGGAGCCUGAUUGGAUGUCUUACACUCUUGGCAUCAGCCUUCAGCCAUGAGAAUGAGGAUAAAGCUAAAGUAAAAGCAUCGCCAAGCUGCACAGAGACAAACUCAAACCGAAGUAUUUCCCAUUAUCAGACUUCUAACGACAAAGAUUGUAGCCUCGAGAACAGCAGCUCUGGUUCGAUUGAGAACUCUCUUCUCUUCAGCUCCAAAUUUUUAAUCCCUGUGAAGCGUGCUCGGAGCAAGCGGUUACGCCCACUGACGCCGAAAACUAGGUUCAACUUUCCUUUUGUUUCCUCUGCUAGCAGUGCUUCUGGUAAAUACCGUCCUUUGGCAGCUUCUGGGUCAUUCUCAGAAAGCUGCCACUAUAAAAAAAGUUUCAGCAAAAGAAAGGGGAAGGAAAGGAAUUUGCAUUUGCUCUCUGGUGCAAAAGAGAUGAACUCGGCUUCACAGAAUCCAAGUCCAGCCAGGAAAUGCAUGCAUUGCGAGGUCACAAAGACCCCACAAUGGAGAGAAGGGCCAAUGGGGCCCAAGACCCUUUGCAAUGCAUGUGGGGUUCGUUACAGGUCCGGCCGCCUCUUCCCAGAGUACCGUCCAGCAGCAAGUCCCACAUUCGUCUCGUCAUUGCAUUCUAAUUCUCAUAGGAAGGUAAUCGAAAUGAGGAAGAAGGCAGAUCACAAGCCCGGGUUUGCAGCCAUGAACAACUUGAGGUGCCCUCCAGUUACAAUGUCUGAUGGGCGUGUCCCUGUUUGAUUCAAUUUCGACUGGAAAGGAGAACGGUCUUUUUUCUGAGUUUAGGUGGAUCCUGUUUUGUUCUCCAAUUCCUUGGUUCUUUUAUAUUUCAGGCUAAUUGGUUUUCAUGUAGAUGGAUGCAAUAAGUAGGAUGAGGUAGUAGUACUGAUUAGGGAGAUGGGAAGGGUUGCACUUUGUCCGCAAAGUCGGGAAACAUUUAGCUGUUUCUUUGCACUUCGGAGCUGAUGGAAUUCCCUGAAACCUGGAAAACUUGAUGAGCUUGCGAUACUUAGCCAUUGAUAGAAUGAUUCUUUGU